AUGAUAUUCUCUCUGACACUGGUCCUGUGGCGCAUUUACCGACAACUUGCCAUCAUCAUGUUCAGUUCAGAGAGACUGACCGUGCCAGAUUAUGUGAGCAGAUUGGGCAAAAAGAACGAGCCUAGAGCGGUUUCUCCAGGGAUUAAUGCAGACGUGCAGGCGGUGUUAGACAGUACCCUGCCCGACCUGCGCUCUGCCAUCAGCAGGCUCAGAACCGCCAAGGACAGCAGUGAUCUAGACGAGACGCGCAGGGCCAUAGCUGAGAUCUAUCAGCUGGUGGAGGAGGCAUGGGUCCUGCCAGCUACUGGGCGACAAGUGGCCGAGGAGAUUUGCAACAGGAUAAGGCUGAAUGGAGGUCUUGAGCUACUGCUACAGCUGCAACAAACCCCAGCUGUGGACAUCACCUAUGAGUCUGCCAAGCUCCUGGAGCAGAUCCUCAUAGCAGAAAACAGAGAUUACGUUGCCAGAAUUGGGCUGGGAGUGAUUCUUAACUUGAGCAGACAGCAGGAGGAUGCCCAGUUGGCCCGCAGCGUGUCUGGGAUCCUGGAGCACAUGUUUAAACACACAGAAGAAACAUCGGUCCACCUGAUCUCAAACGGGGCUCUGGAUGCCCUCCUGUUCUGGUGCCGGGGCACAGACCCCACUGUGCUGCGACACUGUGCCGUGGCCUUGGCAAACUGUGCCAUGUACGGAGGCCAUCGCUGCCAGCGGCUGAUGAUCGAGAAGCAGGCAGCAGAGUGGCUCUUCCCACUGGCCUUUUCCAAAGAGGAUGAACUUAUCCGCUUCCAUGCUUGCCUCGCUGUGGCAGUGCUGGCUGCAAAUAAAGAAAUCGAGAAGGAAGUCGUGAAAUCUGGAACUUUGGAGCUAGUGGAGCCGUUCAUCGCAUCUUUAGAUCCAGAUGACUUUGCCCGAAGUUUACAGGACAGCGCCGACUCCAUGCAGGGAAGGACAGCCUCUGACUUGCAGCACUUACUGCCAUUGUUGGAUGGCACAAGAGUAGAGGGAAAGUGUAUCGCAGCCUUCUAUCUAUGUGUGGAGACCAGUAUUAAGUCCAGACAGCGGAAUACUCGGAUAUUUCAAGAAAUUGGAGCAGUACAAAGCCUAAAGAGAAUUGUAAUGUAUUCCAGCAAUGGUACAACCUGCACCCUGGCCAAGCGGGCGUUAACAAUGAUGGGAGAGGAAGUACCAAAACGUAUUCUUUCCUGUGUACCCAACUGGAAAACAUGUGAAGUACAGACAUGGCUCCAGCAAAUAGGCUUUAGUGCCUUCUGUGAUCGCUUCCAGGAGCUGCAGGUGGAUGGGGACUUACUGCUGACCAUCACAGACCAGGAUCUGAACGUUGACCUUGGCAUGACAGCAAGUCUCACUCGCAAAAGGUUUCUAAGGGAUCUACAGGUUCUCAAAAUGUAUGCCAACUACUCCACCUGUGAUCCAAACAACAUGGCUGACUGGCUUGCUGUAGUGGACCCACGUUUCAGACAGUACACCUAUGGUCUAGUGCAGUCUGGGGUGGACCGCGCCAGUGUCCAGUGUCUGACUGACCUGCACCUGGAGAAGGACUGUAACAUUUACAAUGGAGUGCACAGAGCCAAGAUCCUGACAGCGAGCAGAAAACCACUGAAGUCCUCUGACACUGACGCCCAACCUGCAGGACCUGAUGUGUUUAUCAGCUACAGGAGGACCACGGGCUCCCAGCUGGCCAGCCUUCUGAAAGUGCAUCUGCAAGUCAGAGGCUACAGUGUUUUCAUAGAUGUGGAGAAGCUAGAGGCUGGCAAAUUUGAAGAUAAACUUAUCCAAAGUGUGCAACGUGCCCGCAACUUUAUCUUGGUGCUCUCUGCUAAUGCGCUGGAUAAGUGCAUGGGUGACACCGCCACGAAGGACUGGGUGCACAAGGAGAUUUCCACUGCUUUAUCUUGCAAGAAAAAUAUUGUUCCUGUCACUGAUAAUUUCCUUUGGCCAGAGCCAGCUUUGUUGCCUGAGGACAUGAGAUCCAUCCUCAAUUACAAUGGAAUCAAAUGGUCCCAUGAAUAUCAGGAAGCCACAAUCGAGAAGAUACUCCGCUUUCUUAAGGGAAACCAAGACCAGACUGAUGGUCCUGACUGCAGUAAAACUUUAAAGAAAAAAUGA